CUGCUCAAUUUUCUGAGGAGGAAAGGAUCAAUCUGAUCCAUGAACAGGAGGAGCAGCAUGCUAAAGAACAGAGGGAAGAAAGACAUCUGGAAAGACAAUGGAUGAAAACCCCCAAAAGUGAGGAAAGAAGUGAAAACGAGAACAUUUUAAAACAAAGAGAAGAAAAGCAAGCCAAACACAAGAGUUCAAUGCUACUUGAGAAGAACACUUUUGCACAAGAACCGACGCUGGCUAAAAAAGAAAACGAUGCACAGUAUGAAAAGAAAGAAGAUGAAAAGGUAAGAAGUGUUCAGAUCGAGAAGCAGAAGAGAGCAGCGCAGAAGUUGGAUGCUCUGCAGUAUUAUGCUAUAACCCCAACCGAUACAGAGAAGAAUCUCAAAGAAAGACAGCUGUCCUCCCCUCCUCGGCCUCACAAACCAAAUGCUGCAGCAUCUCCAGCUCCACCUCUGCCUCGUUCCAACACCUCCUCUCCUGCUCUCGGAGUCAAGCCUUUAAUGUUUAGAGUAAAAGAUAACACGUUCAGAGGAUCCUCUUUCACUAAGUCAGUCAAACCACGAUUCCAUAAGAACUUUGGAGAGGACUUCUGGAUUGGUUCUCCCUCAGACAGGACAUCAGACCGAGCAGAGGAUGAUCAGGAGACCAUGAGACGAAGUGCUGGAACUCCCGUCAGUCCUGAAAAGGGUUUCAACCAAUUUGCUCUGGUCAGUGAAUCCGCAAACUUCCUCUCAGAAUCAUCGUCGCAAGACUAUUCAAACUCCAUCCCUCACCAAAGGCCUUACUCCAGGAGAAGCAUGGCAAUGGACGACGAGUCCCGCUCUGUUGUCAGCAGCAUGUCCGAGGACGUGGAGAGCUUUGCAACCGGUGCAACAGAUGUGGCAGACAUACGAGGGCUGUUCGACAGUGAGAGGCCUGAAUCAGCUUGUAGCGUCAGCAGCGACGUGUCCCGCUCUCUGGGCAAGCCUCCAACGGUUCCACCAAAAAGUGAAAAGGCCUUGCGCAGGGCUCAGAGGCUGACAUCUCACAGGAUGAAAAAAGAACUGGCUAAAGUUGCAGAAAGCCCUGCGAGAGUUGAUAAAGAAGCCUCCGCUUUCCCUUCCUCCAUUGAGGUAUGCUCCUCUAAUCAUUACGCUGUGGCUUCUCCUCAUUUCUCUGCACCUGUUGCCUUUGCUCACGCUCCAGCGCUGGGAUCUGGCUUGCCGUCGUCGCACACAGAGCACCAGCCUCAUCACUCUUUCCAUGCUUCCCCUCAUGCCACUGGUCCAAUCUCCCUUCCCAUGUCCUCGCCUCACGCCGGCUCCGCUUCAUCCGCGCCUCAUCCCGCUUCUGGCAAGGCUUCCACACCCGCUGCUCCUAAGACAGUCGCUCAUGUUUCUCCGUCUCCUACCUCCCACCUCACCAACCCCCACUCUGCUGCAGUGACACAGUACCAGGUAGAGUCAAGCCCCUACCACCCGUCCUACCCGCUGACCCAGCGCAAGGUUCUGCAAGACUUGGGUUCUGGUCAGUACUUUCUGGUGGAUGUGCCUGUUCCGGUGAAAACGAAAACUUUCUUCGACCCACAAACAGGGAAGUAUGUUCAGCUGAACGUGCGACGGUCUCAUCCCCAGCAAAGCUUCCCUCAGGCUCAUCUCCAACCCCAACAGGCCCUCCCCCAAGCAUCGUUUGCUGCCAAGCCUUUUGUGUUUUACCAAGGCUACCACAGAUAUCCUCAAAGCCACCAGCCGGCUGUUAUCAACUCUGCACACCCCAACAGGUCAUCUGGUCCUCCAGCUCUYGGGGAGAGCAACAUUUCAACUGAAGUUCAGCAGGACUCUGAAGGCCAUCAGUACCUCCCGGAAAAGACAAACUACAUGGACACAGUUAAUGAUGUUAGAAUAUACAACACGGUAAACAACUCACAGGACUUAAACGAGUCGCUCUCGGAGUGUAACUCAAACAAUCAGCUUAUAGGAAGUUCAGUUUGUGAAAACGAUAACACCACUAACUCUCUGUGUCAGUCCCGGGACAUYAUAGCCAUGAGUGAACUGGAGGAUUUUAUGGAGGUGUCAGACUGGUGACACUGAAAUAAAAUAUAAAAAAAUGUAAUUGAGUGUUUAUACCCCAAACAAAUUGUAUGUAAAAAUACAAGAAAUAUGUUAAAUCCUUCUCAAAUGAUAUUCGAUUUCUGAAUUGUAGUUUGAAAUUGUAGUCUGUUUCUGCUGCUUUUGUUCCUUCCAGUUUUGCUGUUUUAUUUAUUGUUUUAAAGAGUUCACCAUUCCAUUUGACUUUUGAAUGUGGCAAGCUAAAACAUUUCUACUAAGUUAACAGUAUUAAUAGUUUUUUUUCCUGUUGCACUUGGACAAACAUAAUACACAAAAAAAGCAACAUCCUCCAACUCAAAACUGCUUUGGUGCUUUGAAAAAAAAAAAAUUGUGCUACGAACACUGACAGGGCUGCUUAGGUUUGCUCUUUUUCUUGAUUGUGGAAGUCUUUAUCGGCUCGAUGCAUGAAAUAUUAACCAUCAAAUAUUUGAAAAUGUAAAUCAAAGUUUGCAAAUUCAGCAACAUUAUAAAAAACGAGCACAUGGUGAGGUAAUUGAUGCUGUUUUUAAGGUUUAAUUUCAUACGACAGUCCAUAUUUUUUAAAACUUGGACAUUUCUAAGACUAUUUGUGUUGCUGUGAAAGUAGCAUGACAUUAACUUAUUCACACUUCAUCUCUUUGUCUCGGAUGUUUAAGGUUGUAAAUAAAAGAGAAAAAAAAUAGUU